GGCUACCAGCAACAGAACAGCCGGUCCCCAUACCAGACAUAACUCGUUUGGACAGAAGUCUGCGACCUUAUAUAUGGAUUACCAAGUCGUUGCUAUCUCUAACGUCAUUUGCCAAUAUGUCGAAAAUGGCGUAAUUUGUGAAAACGUGACCUAUCGGAACUCAUCAUGUUCCGACAACAAGUACACGUUUGGUGACACGAUGUUUUGGGUCUACUUGGGCAUAUACGUUGCACUUGUACUUUUGGCAGGUUUAAUGUCUGGUCUUACCAUGGGACUCCUUUCACUCGACGUUCUUAGCUUGAAAGUCCUCAAGAGCGGUGGAACAGCCAAGCAACAGAAGUAUGCUACAACCAUCCUUCCAAUUGUAGAAAAACAUCAUCUUCUUCUUGUCACACUUUUGCUGGGCAAUGCAGCAUCUGUGGAGGCAAUGCCCAUUUUUCUGGAUCGGAUAUCUAACCCCAUAGUCGCUGUUGUUGUAUCGGUGACUGCUGUACUUCUGUUUGGCGAAAUUGUUCCACAAGCACUUUGUACAAGAUAUGGUUUGGCCAUUGGAUAUUAUCUGUCACCGUUAGUGAAAUUUCUGAUGGUUCUGCUCUUUUUUAUUGCAUGGCCGAUUUCCAAGAUUCUAGAUUGCCUGCUAGGAGGGGAGCACAGCACGUUCUUCAGACGAGCAGAACUAAGAGAGUUAGUAGAUCUACAUGGGGAGAAAUCUGAACACAACGAAGAGCCAUUGUCAUCUGAUGAAGUUCUAAUUAUUAAAGGUGCACUGGAAAUGCGUAGCAAAGUUGUGAAAGAAGCAAUGACACCAUUAGAGUCGGUGUUUAUGUUGAAUACUGAUGACAAACUUGACAGAGUCACAAUGCAAAAGCUGUUGGAUGCCGGGCAUUCUCGUGUACCUGUGUUUGAGGAUGUACACUCGAAUAUUGUUGGAAUUCUUCUGGUGAAACAAAUCAUUAUGUUGGAUCCAGACGAUGCAGUUCCUGUUCGGCAAGUAUGCAGACCGAAUGACAAUCUUCUUCGUAUUCCGGAUGACAUGCCACUCUAUGAUCUGCUCAACAAAUUUCAGGAGGGAAAAGGUCACAUGGCACAGGUAUGGGGUAAAACGGAUUCUGUUGUCACCACAGAAGGAGCUAUUACAGAUCCAGCCGAGGAAUCUAAUAAUGAAUUAUUGGGUAUUAUAACAUUAGAGGAUGUAAUUGAAGAGUUGAUACAAGAGGAGAUAGUGGACGAGACUGAUGUAUAUGUUGACGUUCAUCGACGCGUUUUUGUGGCACGAGCCAGAAUUGAAAGAUCUAAGUCUGUUGCCGUUAGUGAGGGAGCUACAAGAACUAUACAACAGAGGAUGGCUCAAAAGCAAUUUCGAAGACUGAAGUCUACUUCUUCAGAAGCAAAGAUAUCGGUGAAUGCCAGUCCUUUUGAUGUCUCCAGACUUGCGCCAUCGUUUGGUUCAGAGCAUGGCAGUUCAGUCGAGGAAACAACACCACUGUUGCAAAGCAAAGCUGAGUGAGCAUAGUGAGCUGUCACAUGAAAAUCAAAUUUGUUAGUUAUGAUAUCCAACAUUGUGGAAAUGAAAUUGUAAGGAUGGGUUGAAAUUUGUUGAAACUUUAGUUAUAGUGUCUCUUGGUUAGUAGAUUUAGGGAUAGCAAUUGCAUGUGUUUGCUAUAGAUCUGUACUGGGACUCAGAUUGUAUUUAUGGUUCAAAUACACUCUUUGCGUUGCAGUAAA